AAUAGAAAAUAAACAUUUUUCAUUUUCCUUUGUUUGAACAUUGAACUUUGAAUUAGAGAAAAACGUAGCAAUCUUUCAUCUUCUUCGUUUUGAUCCAAAAAUCUUUAAAAACAAACAAAAAAAAACUUCUUUUCAAUUAAUCUUCCACUUAAUCCUUCAUGGGCAAAGGCGGUGGCUGUUUCCCGAGCAAGAAAAAACACCCGACCCCCGCCGAAGACGCCGCUGGCACUGCGCCCGUUGCUGCCGAUGAAGAAAUCCAAGAAGCUCCCGCCGUAACGGUGAAUUCAGAGAACGCCCGAUCAUUCACGGCCACUUUAAAAGUCUUCAUUGUGUUUUACUCCAUGUAUGGUCACGUUGAGAAGCUGGCGAAGCGGAUGAAAAAAGGAGUCAAUGGUGUCGAAGGUGUCGAAGCGGUUCUUUUUCGGGUCCCCGAGACGCUUUCAGAUGAUGUGCUGGAGCACAUGAAGGCGCCGCCUAAAGAUCUCGAGGUUCCUGAGUUAUCGGCAGCGGAGUUAGCGGCGGCGGAUGGUGUUCUAUUUGGGUUUCCGACAAGGUUUGGAUGUAUGGCUGCUCAGAUGAAGGCGUUUUUCGACUCCACGGGGCAGCUUUGGAGGGAGCAGACACUGGCUGGGAAACCGGCUGGAUUCUUUGUUAGUACCGGAACUCAAGGAGGCGGCCAAGAAACCACCGCUUGGACGGCGAUAACCCAGUUAGCACACCAUGGAAUGUUAUUUGUUCCCAUCGGCUACACUUUCGGAGCCGGUAUGUUCGAGAUGGAUUCGAUACAUGGAGGUUCCCCUUACGGUGCCGGAGUCUAUGCUGGUGAUGGCUCAAGGGAGCCUACUGAAGCCGAGCUCGAUCUGGCCGAGCAUCAGGGCAAAUACAUGGCUGGUAUUGUCAAGAGGCUUUCUCAAGCAUGACGUUCUCAGCAUAUUUCCCAUCGAGAUGAAAGAUGUUUUCUUUUUUUUUUCAUUCCUUGACAUUUUACAUUCAGUUAAAAGUUGAUAUACAUGAUUUGAUAUUCUUCUAUCAUAUAUAGCUUAUCAAAACUUGUAGAUGUCUACAUGUGAGAAUUGGGUGUUCGUUUAUAUAAUUUUCUGUGCACUUCACUCAAAGUUUCCGAUUUAAUAAAA